AUGACGCUCGAUUCGAUGCCAGGGAGCUCAGGGUACUUGGAUUUGCAUCCAGAGAGGAAAAUGUUCUAUUUCAAGAAUCCUUACAUUCUCCGUUUGACUGUUGUUGCUGGGAUUGGUGGGCUUCUCUUUGGCUACGACACAGGUGUGAUAUCGGGGGCACUUCUGUAUAUCAAAGAUGAUUUUGAGGCUGUGAAGGACAGUAGUUUCCUUCAGGAAACAAUUGUAAGCAUGGCCAUUGUUGGUGCUAUAAUUGGGGCAGCUGCAGGGGGUUGGAUUAAUGAUGCUUAUGGACGUAAGAAGGCUACUCUUCUUGCUGAUAUUAUAUUUACUCUUGGGGCGAUUGUCAUGGCUGCUGCUCCAGAUCCAUAUGUUCUUAUAUUGGGGCGACUUCUCGUCGGCCUCGGUGUGGGUGUGGCCUCUGUCACUGCUCCUGUUUACAUCGCAGAGGCAUCCCCAUCAGAAAUAAGGGGAGGACUAGUGAGCACGAAUGUUCUUAUGAUAACUGGUGGCCAGUUUCUUUCCUACCUUGUUAAUCUCUGUUUUACAGAGGUCCCUGGGACAUGGCGAUGGAUGCUUGGAGUAUCAGGUGUUCCAGCUGUCAUUCAGUUCUCUCUCAUGCUCUGUCUACCAGAGUCUCCUCGAUGGCUUUUUAUGAAGGAUGAUAAAGAAACAGCCAUUGCUGUGAUGUCCAAAAUUUAUAAUUUGUCUCGCUUAGAGGACGAAAUAGAUUACCUCACUUCUCAAGCAGAGGAAGAGCACCAUAAGAAGAAGGAUGUUAGCUACUGGAAUGUUUUCAAAGUAAAAGAAAUCAGACUUGCUUUUCUGGCUGGGGCCGGACUUCAGGCAUUUCAGCAAUUCACUGGUAUCAAUACAGUCAUGUACUAUAGCCCAACAAUUGUGCAGAUGGCUGGCUUUCAGUCCAACCAGUUAGCUCUUUUACUGUCCCUUAUAGUGGCUGCCAUGAAUGCUGCUGGGACAGUUCUUGGCAUUUAUCUCAUUGACCAUUUUGGCCGGAGAAAGCUGGCCCUCUCGAGCUUAAGUGGUGUUAUUGUGUCACUUCUCAUCCUCUCGGCUGCUUUUUUUGUUCAAUCAUCUGGUUCUACAAGUGUAUUUUAUGGGUGGCUUGCAGUUAUAGGUUUAGCCCUGUACAUUGGUUUCUUUGCACCGGGGAUGGGACCUGUGCCAUGGACCGUGAACUCAGAGAUAUAUCCUGAAGCAUAUAGAGGGAUAUGUGGGGGAAUGUCAGCUACUGUGAAUUGGAUAUCGAAUUUGAUUGUGGCCCAGACAUUCCUUUCAGUUGUAGAAUCUGUUGGAACUGGUGCAACUUUCUUGAUCAUUGCGGUUGUGGCUGUUAUUGCAUUUGUCUUUGUGAUUCUGUUCCUACCUGAGACAAAGGGCUUGACAUUCGAGGAAGUGGAGAGGAUUUGGAAGGAGAGGGCUUGGGGCAGCAGUGGUUCAAACACACAGAGCCUUCUUGAGCAGGGAGAUGAGUCUUAG